AUGGCAAACAGUCAGCAGAGCUCCGGGUCGCCGUCUGCACGCGCUCCUCCUGCAGCUUCGGGGGCUGCAUCGUCAUCAUCCCCAGAUGUUCCCUCUGCUCCGUCAAGGCGGGAUCUAGCUUCCUGGUGGAAACAAUUCAAGCGGAACACAAAGAAGGACGAGACUGCCCCGCAGUCUGCCGGCAUCUUCGGCGUUCCUCUCAACGUCAGCAUCAAAUACGCAAAUGUCGCCAUAUCUCUUACCGGCGAUGAUGGCAAGAGCUUCGUAUAUGGCUACGUUCCCAUAGUGGUGGCCAAAUGUGGGGUAUUCUUAAAAGAAAAGGCCACGGACGUCGAGGGUAUUUUUCGCCUGAGCGGUUCCGCCAAGAGAAUCAAGGAUCUACAGGAAAUUUUUAACUCUCCAGAUCGAUAUGGGAAAGGUCUUGAUUGGACUGGAUACACUGUGCACGACGCUGCUAACAUCCUACGCCGAUACCUGAACCAGCUCCCCGAGCCGAUCGUCCCGCUUGAUUUCUAUGAACGGUUCCGUGACCCUUUGCGCCGCGGCCACCCCCAAACCCAGGUUGACGGGGAAGAUGAACAGUCGGACAACACAGCUGCCCUUACCAGAGAAGAAGCUGUGCUGACAUACCAGCGGCUGAUCAAAGAGCUGCCUCCAUUGAACCGACAGCUUCUUCUUUACAUACUAGAUCUGCUAACUGUCUUCGCGUCCAAGUCCGAUCUUAAUCGAAUGACGGCAGGCAAUCUUGCGGCAAUAUUCCAGCCUGGUUUACUAUCCCAUCCCAAUCAUGACAUGUCGCCACAAGAAUAUAAAUUGAGCCAAGACGUUCUUGUUUUCCUCAUCGAGAACCAGGACAACUUUUUGUUCGGCAUGACGGGCACUGCGGCAGACGAACAGACCGUCAAAGAGAUGCAAGAAGGUAUAUAUGCGCAUCCAGCAAAAUCCGGCAUACGUCGUUCAGCAUCCAACGCCAGUGGCGGUGCGGAUAGCCUUCGCAAAUAUGAAACUUUGCGUAGGAACGUAUCUGUAUCUUCCAAGACUUCCAAACAAUCUGGAGGGAACGUUACGAGUCCAGCAACUCCAAGGUCGGUUAGCAGCUUUGGUGUCCAUCGAAGCAAUACCGUUCCUUCAAAGCGGCCACCUGGUCUGUCGCCGACUGCCUUCAAUCGGUCACCCCACCCGUCAAACCCUCCGACCGGUGGACUGUCACCAUCCGCCUCCCCACUCCUAGCAUCACGAUCUCAGAGCCGUGUGUCAUCAAUAGAAGCCAUGAACGAAGCCAAAAAUACGAGACCGGACCUCAGUCUUGAUACUAAUCCUCCCGCGGCGAAAGCAGACGCUGAGGCCCGGCCUCAACAGAAUGUUCCAGGACCCAUUAUUUCAAAACCGGUGGUAACUCCAAACAAGGAACGGAAACUGUCAUCGCUCUUUGCAUGGUCUAGCCCUCCUGAAGAUGGUAGGCAGCCUAACAGACUAAGGAAAAAACGUCGGAUACCAGGUAGUGCCAGCGAAAGUGCACAAAGCUCAACGCAGUCACUUCACGACAAUUCAUACGAUGUUGGCUCGUCGCCUCCACCUUUGGUGCGGGGAUUAUCCGACACGGAUCUGGAUCAAUCACACGUCUCGACGCCGAGGAUCCUUACUACAAGCAGCCUGGCCACCGCGAUGACGCCGCUCGCGAGCCAGAGCGGUUCCGAGGAGAGAUCCGGUCCUCAAGUGGCCACGGAGAGUAUCCUAAAGUCAACUCUAUCUCGAACACCUUCCCCUUCCCUGCACUAUGUAACGGACCAAUCAGAUCUGGAACAUACUGAGGAGAAUACUGAUAAGAAGGAAAAGAGGCGGAGCUGGAGGUUCCAUCGGUCGUCAAGACGGGCCGGUGAACCAGUUUCACUCAGCAUCUCCCCACCAGCGCCACUUGGGUCUCAUGCAGGUGCCGGCUUUAGCACUUCAUCACUCGCAAGUUCGAAUAUACAUAACCAGAUUAUGGCGAAUGACACAACGCGGGUCAAUAAGGAAAGCUCGACUUCGACCCUGCUCUCUCAGUCAUCCGAUGUGGUCAGUGGCACCAGCGUUACAAGCCCACCUGUAACCAAGGAUAAUGGCGACGAAGAGCGUAAGAGCUUUUUCAGUAAAUUUAAGGCCAAGGUCUCCCACGUAAAAGAUGGCAUGAAGGACAAGGAGUCGGAUCUCGGACGAUCUCAAAGUCCUCCCACCUCCGAUCAUGAGAGAUCAUCUUCCCGAACAAGUUUGUCCUUUUUCAAUAGGGACGCUAAGGCCAACCGUGCUCCUCCCGCUGAUGCUACAAGGGAUCAACGCCAUUCCGAAGCCCAAGAUAAACCGACUGCACCCACGACCAUGUCUCCACCAUCAUCUCUGCCGCCUGGGCCAUCUCAGAUACAGAUAGCCUCUCCACCAUCAACAAUGCCUCAGGACCCUACUACCCCAGAUGUGGUCACAGUUUUGCCAAAGGUUGAAGAGGAGCCGUCGUUGCCGGAUACAAUUACAGACCAGGGAGUGGAAUCAAAGCAACCAUGCCAUCCGCCAACUCAAGCUCCUGUUCAAGAGUCAACCCAGGAUACUCCUGAAGUGCCAACCGGCAACACGCCCCUCCCUCUUGACCCAGUCAAGGCGACCUCGGAAGUCCCGCUUGAAUCACCCUCGCAGGGAGUCACCGGGACAUCUGGAGAAGUAGCCCCUGAACAACACAUCAAUGUACAAAUCGAGUCUUCAGUCGAGGCCCCAACCGGAGAAUCAGCUGAACUAGUCUCGAAGCAAACUACUGAAACACCGGCAGAAGCGCCACCAAAGUGUUCUACAGCCGCUCCAACACAAUCUACCGCCGAAACCAAAAUGGAGUUACCCUCCACGACGCCAACUAGAAUUCCCAUAGAAACAUCGCUUGAACGCUCAACUGAUGUGUCAACCCAGCCUACCACUGAAGGCAAAACCAGAGUAUCCUCGACGAUGACCACUGAAUUGCCCAUGGAAAAAUUACCUGAACCCUCAACUGAUGCGCCAUUACAGCCUCCUGCUCGAGUGUUAGCUGAGGUAGCUGCCAAAAUAGCGUUACGAGAUGCAUCGAAUCAAGCCACGUCAAUCCAAGCAGCGCCACCGCAGUCACAAGAUGAGUCCGAGACCAAGACUCAGCCGGAAACCAAGUCACAACCGGGAUCGUCUUAG